UCCCCGACUGCCUUCCUCUGAGCUUUUUAGAUGUACAUAAUCCCUGAGUUGACCCAGAAAAUAGGCAGUCGUUUCAAGAUCUGAUGCGGCAGUCUUUGUGCACACCGUCCCCGCUUGAGCAUGAAGCGUAACCCUGUGGAAUACACGCUGUAAUUCAGAAGAGCUUUGCUUACAAGAGGAAAACUGUUCAAAAAGCCGGAGCUGAAGAAAAGUCGCGCAACUUUGUGGAAACGUAGUGGAUGCGGACAGGAGGCAUGGCAGAUCAUCUGAUGAUGCCCAUGAAUCACAACUCAGCGGGUGCCAGUCUCCACGGUUACAGGAUGGGUAUGAAUAGCGGCCUGCAGGCAGGUCCCCAGCAGCAUGCCAACCAGCAGGGCAUGAGGGUGCUGCCCAGUGGCCAGAUGAUGCACUAUGGUGGCACUCAGGCCAACAUGGAGACCGCCAUGAGGCAGCGACAGGGCAUGGUGGCUGGACCCAUGAAUGGACAGCUGAACGGGGCCCAGAUGGGUCACCACCAGAUGACCUCUGGUCACAUGAUGUAUAAUGGCCAGCCCCAGCAGCAACAACAUCAUCCACAACAGCAGCACCACAUGCAUCCGCAACAGCACCAACAGCAGGCCCAGCAUAUGCAGCAGCAACAGCAACAACAGUUCAUGAAUGGAGGAUUAACAUCUCAGCAGCUAAUGGCCAGCAUGCAGCUGCAGAAACUCAACACCCAGUACCAUGGACACCCGCUUGGUCCUAUGGGUGGGAACCACAUGGGGCCCACGGCCCAGUACCGCAUGAGCCCAGCUCAGCUGGCUAACAUGCAGCACAUGGCUAGCCCGGCAUUAGCCUUGAAUGGCAUGGAUGCGGAUAUGAUUGACGAAGACGUCCUGACUUCACUGGUCAUGGAGCUGGGCUUGGACCGAGUCCAGGAGCUGCCAGAACUCUUCCUGGGCCAGAAUGAAUUUGAUUUCAUCUCAGACUUUGUCAGCAAACAGCAGCCAAGCACUGUUAGUUGCUGAGAGGACCUUAUUUGCAGUGGGGCAAAAAUGGAGACAGAAGAGUGAGAAUUGUUCAGAACAGACGAAGAGCGUUCAUCUCCUCACUUUUUAUUUUGUGAGCACCUCUCCGUACGACUAUACCACAAUGCUGUGCAGGGUGCACAAAGGAGAACUCUGGAUAUUUGCAGUGAAUGCACAGGGCAUGCGUCUUGUGCACUUGUGGUCAGAGGGUGGAUGGCUUUGGGGCCCACUUCUCCUAUUUCCUGGACAUGAAUGUAAUAAAGAAAUGCUGAAGUUCUUAAAAGCCACUCUGAACAAUGCUAUGACACUAUGUAGCCUCCCAAGCCUGGACUCCAAGACAGUUUACCAGUUUAAAAAGUGUAUUUAUUUAUUCCUAACUGAGAAACCUGAUAUAAAGAACAACCAGCUUCUCCAUUUUGGGAUUGAAGUGGUUUAAUGAUCUUUUUCUGAGCGUAGGUUGGGGGCGGAAAAUAAAAUUAGUUUUCUGCUAUGUUUUGUUUUUUUGUUUUUUUUCCCCCAACUCUAUGUGGCAUAGUCUUGAAAUGAGCUCUGAUGCCAAUGUCAUCUAAAAGAGCAUGGGUUUUUAUUUUUUUUAAAUUACAGAAGUAAAAUGUUGUUUCAUUACAAUGGGAGUUUCAUCCAGACUUUUAAAAUGGUUCACUUUUCAUGAAGUGCUGCCUUUUUAGAUGUGAUGUUCUGAAAAAUCUACUGCUUGUACUGUAUGAAGCUGUAUAACUCCAACAUGUCCACACUGUUGUGUUCUAUUGGAGAUGUAGAACCGCCUUAAUCACGCAGAUUCUUAUUUAUUGGUUGUUUAUAUUGUCCCCUUUUUGUGGUCAAGAUGGGGGGUGGGAUGGUCUUUGUGAAAGGGGUUUCGAGGAUCAAUAAAAAUGGCCUGGAUAGA